AUGGCCAGAGACCUGAUGGACGACACGUACUACUUGUCAAAGGGGGGAAAGAUCCCGGUGAAAUGGACAGCUCCAGAGGCCCUGCUCUACAAGAAGUACUCCGCAGCCAGUGACGUGUGGAGCUAUGCCAUGGUCCUCUAUGAGAUCUGGAAUCCGGAGCCUCAUCUUCGCCCGACAUUUGACAAGGUGUUCCGUUCUCUGCGAGCACCUCAGGACGAGCUCCUGUACUGGACUCCAGAGGACGUGGCUGGAGGGAGACAUCUCCUCAGGUCCUCCUCCUCCUCCUCCUCCCACUCCUUCUCUGACCUGCAGAACAAUGUCGACAAUCUGCCAUCACCGUUUGGAGAUAGAAGAAAUGAUGGUCCUGGGAGCGAAGCACCUGAUCGUGACAGGUUCCAGGCCAUAGUACCUGCCUAUACUUUCCAGUGUUCUGGUAGAGUCACUGAAUGGGGGGCCUGUGUACAGCCUGGUGGUAUUAGCAGUUGCCAGUACUACAUCCAAUUCCAAGUAUGGAGACCCAGUGGCAGUGGAUGCUACAGUCUAGUGGGAUUCAACAGACCAGUGGGUAGUGAUGGAGAGGAUGGAUUCCUCAGUCCACCAGAAGGCAAUAGUAACCCACUCCAUCGCUGUGUGGUACUGUCAGUGACAGAAGAAGACCAGCAGAUAGAGGUCCAGUCUGGAGAUGUGGUGGGCUACUAUGUUGACUAUUUCAGAAAUGGUGAUGACAGAGAAGAUGGCGGUAUUCAGUGGAUUUUGGGUGGCAAUAAUGUGGUAGUUUAUUACAAAUAUGAUCUUCCAAGGGGAGACGUAAAGUCACACUAUGCUCUUGGUGGACCCAAUCCUACUAGUUGUGGGUUUCCAAUAUCAGGUGACAGUAAUUCCUAUUCUCUCAGUUCUUUUACCUCUGCAGCUCCCAUCAUCAGCCUCAGUAUUGGAGCUUCCAGCAUCGUGGGUACAAUUGCUGGUGUUGCUUCAUUACUACUGGUUUCCAUGGUCUCAACUGUUGUGAUUUUGCUGUGUGUGAGGCAAAGGAGAAGGAAAAGACCUCAACUAACUGACAAUGUUGCCUACAACAUUCACGAUCACGAUGUAAAGACCGAUACAAAUGAAGCCUAUGGGACAGUGGACAAUGAUGUUGUAGCUACUACCAACCCAGCCUAUGGCACUACCAGUGGUUCAGGAGAGAGAGAUAUCCCUACUGCAACAAAUGAGGCCUACAUAUCUACCACAUCUGGGGAAAUCCGUAAAUCAGAGAGGCCUAUUGAUGCCAGUACAAAUGUUGCCUACGUAUCAACUACCAUUUCAACAGCUGAUAAUCCAGCCUACGGACCAGUGGAAGACAACAGGACCACUAGUACUCUCGUGUAUGACUAUGUGGCAACAUGAACACCUCUGACCUCUAGCUACUUCUCCUAGUGCAAAGACUGCAAGUGUAUUAGUACAUAAGACGGAAGUGUUUUAAAAUUCGCUGAGUCCAUAUGUUUGCAAGCGCUUGCACAAAAAUUGAGUGCUCCUUAUAUAGAAUUGUAGAUACA